GCGUGCGUCCUCCCCCAUCUCUCCUCCCACUGUAGAAACAGCUGUAGACCGUGAACCGUGGAGUGCGGGUCUGACACGGAUUACCUGGAUACCGGCUCGGAGUCUGGGUGGGCAUCAAGCAGCGGGGAACAGAAAGGCAGCGCGUCUUUUUGUUUCUAGGAAACUUUCUUAUUUUCAUGGAAUCGUUUGCUAGACGUACAAGCAUGGCGAGCCGGCUUUUUCACACUCUGCACUUAUUGCUGAUUCUGGAGUCGAGCUGGGGUAAACUGGUGUCUGAGGAUCUCGGUGAAGCCGCGCGUCAAGGUGCCGAUGUGCCGCCGGCUGUGGAGGAGCGCGUCUUUGCGCACGGAAGCGCCAACCGGGACAUGGUCUCCAUCAACAUGUUCAAAGUGUAUGAGAAGUACAGCAAAGAGCCACUGCAGAGCCAGAGGGACGGAAACACCGUGAGGGGUUUUAAAGCUGUCCCGAGAGUCGUGCACGGCAAAGACGUGUUCGAGUUCAACCUGUCGUCCAUCCAAGAAUCAGAACACAUCCUCUCCGCCUCUUUUCAUUACCUCUACAAGCGCCCCCGCCACAACCAGCGACCGUGGCGUUUCCGAAGGCCUCGCCACCCAUCCGGCGGCCUCCAGCAUCCCUAUCCCACCUCCCCGCAGCUCCUCUUCCAUGGAUCAUCCCCAAACAAAGCCUUUGCGACACCACUGGGAAACAUAACUCUGGCUCCUUUCAAGAAAGGCUCUUGGCAAACAAGGGAUGUAACAGCGGUGAUGAAACACGCCAGGGAUGUUAAAGAGCUCGUGGUCACCGUGGAGUUUGAUAUGGGGUUCGGGGCGGCUCGGGUGCAGCAGAGGAGUCCUCACGGCCAAGAGCGCCUCUCUCCCGCCAGCCUGCCGUACAUCUUGAUAUACGCCGACGAUCGAGCUAUAGACGAGCCGAACAGCGUGGCCAUGUCGCUCCAGCGGUACGGUUCCUUCCCUGUAGGGGAGGAUGCGUCCCCCUCAGCCUCAAGGAUCCGGAGGGAGCUUCAUCUCCAGAUCCAGACCAACGACAUCCCGGAGGUCCAGUACAACACCUUGAAGAAUCAUGAACUGUGGCAGAACACGUAUUUCCCAGCGAAAGCCAAAGCGUCAGUGAAACCGGGGAGGAAGCAGGGUCAGGAGAGCCACGAGGGCCUGAGCAAGCCCCAGGUGCUGAGCUUCGACGAGAGGACAAUGAAAAAGGCCAGGAGGAGACAGUGGAGCGAGCCCAGGGUGUGCUCCAGGCGCUACCUCAGGGUGGACUUCGCUGACAUCGGCUGGAGCGAGUGGGUUUUGGCGCCAAAGUCGUUUGAUGCCUACUACUGCGCCGGAACCUGUGGAUUCCCCAUCCCUAAAGUGGUGCGUCCCUCCAACCACGCCACCAUCCAGAGCAUCGUCAGAGCUGUGGGGAUCGUCCCGGGUGUCCCUGAGCCGUGCUGCGUCCCAGAGAAGAUGAGUCCCCUCAGCGUUCUCUUCCUCGACCCAAACAGGAAUAUGGUGCUGAAGGUUUACCCCGGCAUGUCUGUGGAUACCUGCGCCUGCCGAUAGGGCUGGAGCCACUGAGACGCUCAAUAGAGAUUACAAAAAUAAAGAUUACGAGGAGGACCUAGAUGUAGACUCGGCAGAUAUGAGGAGGGCAUUUCCGCAUCGGGGAGGACAGUAUUGAUGAGGACAGCUGGGGAUAAACUGUAGGUCUGGAGUCUCAAUUGAGAACUCUCUUCUGACCCUAGGACUGGACUUGGUCCAUCGGACGUGACUCCAUUCUUUCCUGUUUAUCUAACAAUUUUAAUAAAUGUGUUUUCCUCCACACUGCAUGUAUCUAAAAGCAGCAUUUUCUAUGUAUUACUGGACGUUUGAAGUACAAAAAUCCUACCGGUGGAUCUUCGUCUCUGUUGAUCCUUCAUAAGCUUUUCACUCCUUUUUCAGCACAUUUCCACUUUUAUAAAGUGAUAUAUAUAUUUUUUGCCUGUAUUAAUAUUAGACAAGAUAAGACUUUACUUGUCCUGGACUCAGACCUGGUUUCGGGAUUUGGUCCCAACAUGACCAAGCUCAAUUUCGACAGUUUCUGAUCUGGCAUCAGUAUCUCCUGUUGCCUCUCUCCGUCUUAAGGAUUCAACAGAAUUACACUGCACAUUGACUCACAGGCUCAGGAGGGUCGAAGGGACACAUGUUCACGUCCUGCAAAAGUAAUUAGUCCUUUGUCGUGUAAAUACAGUAGUUACUAACGCCAACUAAAUGGUACUUAUUCUCAAGUGAUGUGUCUCACAGGCUGUCAUGUUGUCACUGAAUACCUCCCAUAUAUUAGCUAAGAAAUGUUAAUCAUGCAUGAGAGGUCAUUUUUGUCUUUGAACUACAUUCCAAUAGUCAUUUGUUUAUAUUUGUAUAUAAUAAGAUUUGAUGUCCUACAAGCAUUGAGUGACUUGUGACACGUUACAGCACAGAGGGGGAAAAACGGUGCGUUGCUGCCACCUGCUGUGCAUUCUGGGAAUGUUUAAGGGGCUAAAACAUUUUAAAGGAAGUGGUUGUAGUGCUUCCUGUGGCCAUUCAGUGUUUCCCUUUCCUUUCAUACAUAAAAACUGCUCAUCGAAGGUGACAUGUACAGUUUGUAAUAAUAGCAGAAUUCCAUAGUCAUGAAUUAAUAAGGGAUAAAUGUAUCCAGCCUUUGUAACUGUAUGGCUAAACAUGUAUUUGAAUAGUUGUGUGAUGUGUGGUUUAACAUAUCAUGAACAUGAUGUAUGCCCGGUAUGGAAAUAAACUGAACUGUACAUAAGGUCAGAGAUAAUUGCUGACUUUUUUUUUUUUGUAUUUUUAGACAGUAUAUAAAGCAUAUGCCUAGACAUA